AUAUUUGAAAGUAACAUUUGUAAUUGUUAUAGAUAAUUAAGUAUAAUAAAGAAAGAUUUAAACAUGUCUUCUCGUCAAAUAAGAAGAAAGCAAAAGGAUGACUUAUUACAGCUAGAAUGUGAAGAAGAAACUAAUAAACCGUUAACUGAACCAGAAGUUCAAAAAAAUCUAUUUAGUUUAUUACUUGUUGAAGAUGAUGUAAAUAGCAAUGAUCAUUUUAGUGAGCAGGAUGAUGUAAAUAUUUCAUCACCUGUAUCAACUUCUUCAUCAAAAAAAAAGAAAAAAAAAAAAAAGAGUUCAAAAAAAUUGAAUAAAAAUAACACAGUCGUUGAUGAUGUUGAUGCAGCAAUACGUGAAGUGACUGAAAUAUAUGGAGAUGUUAACUCUGGUACACAGACAGUGUCUGAUACAAGUGCAGCAUUUUCAAAUAAAUCUGUUUUUUGUAUUGACUACAGGAAUCUCAAUCCAGAAAAUGAAUUAAAAAGAAAAUUUGGAGCAAAUGUGAUUAAUAGAGACAAAAGAACCAACCAACAUGCACAUAAAGCUCACAAAACUACAUUGAUUACACCUCGUGAAAAUUGGCAAAGAUUUUCAAAUGUUGGAAUUAAAAUGAAACUUGUUCAACAAGAGAAUAAAAAUAAUUUGGUAUUUGCAUUUGAACACCUAGAAAAUUAUCAAGCUAUUCAGUUUAAGUUCCUGGAUGCAGUUCAGUCAUUGGAUCAUAAUAAUAUAGUGGCUCUUUUGAAUGCUUACCCUUAUCACAUUGAUUCCCUUUUGCAAUUGAGUGAAAUAUGUCUUAUAAAUGAAGAUUAUCAGAUGGCAUCUGAGUUUAUUGAGCGUGCAUUAUUUGUAUUUGAAAAUAACUUUCAUCCUCUAUUUAACUUUGCACAAGGAAAUUGUCGUAUGGAAUAUAGACAGGCUGAAAACAGGCCAUUUUUCUUGGCAUUAUUUCGACACAUAAAUUUUCUUGGAAAUAAAGCUUGUUACAGAACUGCUCUUGAAGUCUGUAGAGUUUUGCUAGGGUUAGAUCCGGUAGAUGAUCCAUUGUGUGUUCUUCUUCUCAUUGAUUUUUAUGCUAUAAAAUCACAACAAUAUGAUUUCUUUAUUAAAUUAUAUGAUGAUUUUGAAUGCUCAAGAAAUGUCUCUUCUUUACCGAACUGCAUCUUCUCCUACGCAUUAUGCAAAUAUUAUGUUGCUGAUAGAUCAGAAGCUAAUAAACAUCUAGAGAAGGCUCUUGUAGCAUUUCCUUCAUUACUUGUUGAACUCAUGAACGCGUGUGGUGUUACUCUUGAUAAAGAAAUUGCUACUCAUUCUUUUUUUGAUCCUUUAUCUUACAUUCAACAAUCACCUCCACUCAACCAGCUAAUCAGUUUGUAUGUUGGACGAUCUUAUUUUAUAUGGAAAGAUCCUGAAAUUUUUAAUUGGUUAACAGAAACUUGCAAAAAUAUUAUUGAUAACUUUAGUGCUUAUCGGGAUGUCAUUUCAGAUGCAGAGAAGAAGAGAGUUUCAUUGUAUAAAAAAUCACCACUAAAUGUUGUUCGCCAUAUAAUGAUAUCAGGUAUAAAAGAUGCUGUGCGUGCUUUACCAGUUGAGUUUCGAAACCAAUCAGUGUUAGCUUAUGAUCCUGUUCCUCCAUUAAAUUCAAUUAUUGGUUAUGAAAGACCACAAAGACACAUAACUGGUGAUCGUGGAGGAAACAUGUUUUCUAUGUUUUAUGAAUCUCUGUUUCCUUCCUAUAAUUUGCAGCAAAACCAAGCUAAUAAUGCUCAUCAAAAUGAUAAUGAGUUUCAAGCUAAUGCUAGAGCAUUAACAAAUGGUGCUCAAAGGCUUAUGGAUGCAAUGAGAGAGCUUAUGGCUACUAUGACAUUUAGAACGGACUUAGAGGAGCGACCGCAAGCACCCCCACCUCCAGAAGAAGACCAAGAAGAUGAUUGGUGAACUAUAUAAAACCUUAGUUGCAUUAAUUCUACCAAAGACUAGACGUCUGGAAGUUAUCAUAUUAAAUUACAACGCUUCCUUAUUUCAAUAGAUUUAUUUGGUUUUACUAUACUGAGCAGGGAUAAUAAACUGAGACAUUUUGAGAACUUUUUUUAUUUAAAAGAUUUAUAGAUAUUUUUGUUUAGCUUUUGUAGCCGUAAUAUUUCUACUGCUUUGAAAAGAUUAACGAUUAAUGUUUAAUUGACGUUAACAAAUCUGUAUAUUUGAUUCGCAUCUGUAUAAUGUUUGUUAACGUUAGCAAAUCUUUAACGUUUUGAUUAUUUAAUAAUCAAGUAGAUUGUUGACUA